AUGAAGCUGGUCUUGUUUUGCGACCCACCCGAGCAAGGUUGUUCGGGUUAUAUUCAGCUGAAGCGACGCUUCCGAAGUACCCCAGUCUUUGUAAAAGGCAGCUUGAAUGGGUCAAGCGCCACGUGUACGGGCUACACGACACCACCUGAGGGAUUCGUGGCGUGUACCCAGGUUACACGACACCCUUUGUAUGGGUUAUACGGGUUACACGACACCACUGGGCUAGCAUACCAGUACGGCCACUACGGUUUUAUCAUGGUGGUUGUGGUGCUGAAACAGGGUGCGCAUUUUCGCAGUUCGAACGUCCUGCUUUCCUCUCGCCAAAACUUGCUCACGAUUUGGAUUGAGGGAGAAGCCGACCCCAAGAAACAAUUUCAGGUAUCCGACGAGCUGCCUCGCGCUUGA